AUUAAACUACAAGUAGCAACUCUUUCAAAACCAAACAGAAAUUUCAAAUACUAUAAAAAUCAAGAUCCUAUUCUAAGCUAGAAAGAAGCAUGGCUGAGGUGAAGCCUCAAAUCAGCCCUCCUCGCCACACGAACGCGAGACGGUUUUCAGCAUCAAAUUGGAAGAGCUUCAGAGAAGAUGAAAGGUCUUUAAGAACAACCGCUACAACAAUUUCCAGCAGUGUGUCGUCUCCUGGAUAUACUGCUACAGACAAAAUUGAUCCUUCAACAUAUUCAUUCACAGCAGCCAUCAAAGGAUUGCAGAGACGAGGAGUGUGGUCGUGUGAAUACAUAGGCAUAGGCGGGCUGCAGUCAAAAUGGAGCGAUGCUGAGAAAUACAUAUCGAAUCCGCUGUCAGGCCAAGUGCCCGUCGAAUGCUUGUCGGCCAAAGCGUUAGGCGUCAGAUCCUUCAGCACUCUAACUAGUAACAGAAUCACCAUUUCCGCGCCACUCCAUUUUCAGACUUAUAACCACCAUUUCAAAUUCCAAGAGAAGAAGAGGCCGCCCGCCGCCGUCACUCGAGAUGUUGGAACACAGAGCGCGGAUGUUAGUGUUAGUGCACCAAACACUCCUUCCAUUCAAGAAACUUCGCCAAAACACAGCCGAGGAGAAUCCGUAAAUUCCUCUCUUUCUACUCACAAACAGAUGCCACAACAGGUGGGGGAGACAGAAAAUAAGGAGAAAGAAAUUAGAAAUACAGAACACGGAAGAGAGAGGAAGAAGAAGGCAAUGAUGAUGUGUAGCCAAGAAGGGGGAAGAAGAAGAGGAGGAUGUUUGUCAUUUAAGGGUUUGUGGCAAAGAAGAAACAAGUGCAAUUGCAAACCUAAGAAAAACUACAAUACUCAUUCUUCCUCAUCACCAACCUUUCUAUAUCAUAUUAAUGCUUGUUACGAUGUUUAAUUUUAUUCUUUCUAUCACAUACAUUUUUAGACUCUCUGAUCCUUUAUUUUCAUUUAUAUAAUCAACUUGUUUGUUGGUGUUAA